AGCUUCCAGUAUGUUAGCUCUGACCGUCAUUCUGUCAGAACACAAUGAUAGAGAGCAGACUGUAUUCUGCAGAUUUUAAAGUGUGACAAAUUAGGGCAGUCUUCAGACGAGAUUAGUUAAAUUGCUGUUGAAAGAAUAGGAAAGGAAGAUUACGCUGGAUUGUUCAGUUGGAGCAGAAAGGAGGAAAGGGCAGAGGACAAACAGGAUCUUCAGUGUCAGUGGAGUUUCACCUCCACAUCCUUUGAUCUGCAAUACACCUGAGGUUCAUCCUAAUUAAGAAGGGCAAGGAAAUUAUGCCGAUUUCAAACUCCCGAUUUGAAGAAAGCUCUGUGCCCUUGAAUUCAAGGGGAGGAGGCAACAAGACAAUUUCCAUGAAGCCUCUAGCAACUUGUAAAGAGAAAGCAUUAAAGAGGAAGAAAUUAUUGCUGACUAUUAUAUUAGUUGUGGUGAUCUUGGUGAUAUUGUGUGUUACAGGAUAUUUUGUUUGGAAGCUAAUAAAAAGCAAGUACUUCUUCUGCAGUAGCUCAGUCAAGUUUAUUCCAAUAGAAAAAGCAUGUAACAAACAAAAUGACUGCUCUGAUGGAGAGGAUGAAAAAGAUUGUGUCUUAAAUUUUGCAGUCAACACCACAUUCCCGGUGCGUCUGGCUUCAAGUCAAAACAUCCUCCAAGUGUAUAGUGAGAGCUCAGGGUGGAGCAGUGUGUGCAGCAACGAAUGGACCCAGCAGCACACUGAGACAGCUUGUGAACAACUGGGAUACACAAGGAAUCCUACAAGCACUUAUAUCCAAGUAACAAGUCUAACCUCAUCCCUGAAAAGUGGGAAAUUCUCCUCUAUCAGGCCUGUACGUUCUUCCACUCCGAUACAUCAGGCAACCAGUUCAAGCUCAGUGUGCCGAUCUGGAUCAGUGGUAUCUUUGACCUGCUCAGACUGUGGAAUGUCCAAGAGGGAACCAUUUCCUCGUAUUAUUGGAGGUAAUGAGACUGACAUUAAAGACUAUCCUUGGCAAGUCAGUCUGCAGAAUAAUGGUCAACAUACAUGCGGAGGCUCUCUGGUGUCGCCACGCUGGGUCGUCACCGCCGCUCACUGCUUUAAUGGGAAUAACAAGGUCAUAAGUCGGUGGACUGUGAUGUCGGGGCACUCAGGCAUGACUACAGCUGGAGCUUCCUAUGUGGACAAAAUCCUGGUUAAUAAUGACUACAGACCAGAAAAACAAGACUUCGAUAUAGCAUUGAUUAGGCUCAGCAGCCCGAUAACAGUGAGAGAUUACCAGAAGCCAGUUUGUCUACCUCCAAAAGACCUGGGGCUUGCUAACCAAUCCCCCUUAGCUGUGACAGGCUGGGGAUACCGGGAAGAAGAGGGUACAGUUUCUUCUACCCUUCAGGAGGCUGACGUUCCACUAAUAGAUUGGACAACAUGCUCAAGUUCAUCGCUUUAUGGGAGUUUUUUAACGCGAAGAAUGAUAUGCGCAGGUUACACGGAAGGGAAAGUGGAUGCUUGUAAGGGGGAUAGCGGAGGCCCUUUAGUGUACUUCUUGCCCCAUCAGUGGACCCUUGUAGGAGUGGUGAGUUGGGGGAUCGGCUGUGCACGGGCAAACAAGCCUGGUGUCUACACCAAUGUGGAUGAGAUGCUCAACUGGAUUCAUACAACCAUCGAGAAAAACUCUUGAGGCUGUUUGCUGAGACCAAAGCUACUACAACUCCCCUCAGACAGAACCUGAAACUACAGAGGGAGGAAAGUUUCCUUUCUUGUGCAGCAUAAUCAAAUUAACAACAAAAAAAUAGGAACAUCAAAGGGUCCAAAAGGAAAAAAAUAUAGUAGUCCCAUGCUUACAUACUGCAAGCAAGCCAUGUGCAAGCACAAAUAAUUUACGUAAGCACAAAUCAAAUGUUCUGUACGUCGUUUACUAACACUUACCUCAGCGGAGACAUGUCUUUGUAACAUUUCUUUUGCUUAAUAUUUAAAUAUUAACCCUUGUGCGAUCCUAUGACCCCACCCUUACAUUGACGUGUUCUCCCUACCAUGACAAAGGUGGAGAGGAUUUCAUGUAAUCCAUGGACACUAGUGAAGAUCACAAAUCAUUGAAGAAAAAAGGUUCAGCGCACUGUCUAGUGGGUCUAGAUGACCCAACUCCCAAUGUUAAAGUGCCUACGAUAGCACAAGUGUUAAGCAGCUUAACUUUCUUUUAAGCUGCUCAAAACAUGUUUUUAACCUGUACACUACUAUUAUGUAAAAGACCCUUGUCUAUAAACUACAUUUUUGCAAACAGGAAUAAUCUAAAGCCCUGUAGGACAUAUAAAACUGUUGAGAAAACCUGAGAUUUUUUUAUCUUGCUGGUCAAUGUAUUAUAAAUUUAGUUGAGGGUUCAUUCAUAUUGUGCUUUAGAAAGACUUAAUGUAAUUCAUUGUAAGGUUUCAGCAUCACUAGUGUUGCAAUAUGCAGUAAUUCAUUGAUUGUUAAAAGGUUUGGAAGGAACUUUGUUUUAUGCACUGAAAUGUACGUGGUACGGCAUUAAAAACAGCUGAGUUCUAGUGUUUUUAAGCUGUAUCUUGAGUGCCUUUGGAAAAAUGGCAAUAUUGAUGAAAUUUAAAGUGCUGGUCACUGAGUUUUUGUCUACCUGUGAAUAAAUGUUAAUUCUAAUCCCAGGUUUUUAGACAUGUGCGUGCCUUCAACCUGUAAUCUUCUCACUUUUAAUUCUUCUUUUUGCAAUAUAGAAUAGGCUGGGGUUUUAACAUUUUCAUGAUAAAACUUAUUCUUUUGAAAUAUUUAUAAGUUAAAUCAUUGUUUUUAAAGGGAAAAUGUGAAUAGUGUGAUCGAAAAGCCACAAAUUGUAUUUUGCUAUGUGGUGGAUUUUUAUGUGUCAACAGUUUGUAUACAAAAAAAUAAAAAAUAAACUGCUUUGUCCAGUAACAUGAAAAGCUUUUGAAAUUGUAUAGAAUGUUACAGGACCCCCCCCCCCAGCUUCAUUUAUCUUCUUCCCAGAGGAUAUGAAUGUACCAUCAGUCCCAAAGGUAACAUUAAGAGAAGAGAGAUUAAAGGUUAUGUAAACCAUUCCAUGGAAAUCAUGAACAAAAGUUAAUCCAAAAGACUGCUGUCAUAUUUCAUAUACAAAAUAAUGACAAAGAACACAAGUUUAUGUCUGUGUAUGACCAUGAGAUCACCACAUGCAGGGUGGAGUGCAAGAGAACAGCUAUUUAAAUAAAAAAAAAUAUCGAAUACUAGUUAAUUUUAUGUUUUAUAAAAAAAUAAAAAUCACCAUUUAAGAAAGAUUGCAGAGUUGUUUUGGCAUCUGCUAGCUUCCAGUAUCAGCUCAAUAAGGUGUUUGGUGUGAGAAGUAGGACAGUCUUACAAACAGAUACAACACACAUAACACAAAAAGUAUUUAAAAAAAUUAAUAAAAAGGAAUUACCAGUGAAAGAAAUUUCAGCUGAAAUUUGCAAGAUGUGUAUAUUUAUUGUCAUACCAAAGACCCUAAAAAUGGGACUCAAUGCCUCCCUGCUUGACACUCAGCAUUAGGGGCAAAUUUAGGGGCAAAUUUUACACACCUAGGUCUGUGAAAGCUAAUGGAAUUUUAACUUUACCGGUAUUCCACCACAUUUUUGCCACUCGAUGAAUAAAAUGAAUGUGCAGCUAUUGUGUGAGGUGCAAAAAAAA